UCUUUCGCUUGACCCACACAUCUCGUUCGCCCCCGCGCGCUGCAAAUCUUCUAUGCCUCCUCCUUGCGUAUUAUUAGUUGCACCUACUAUAGUAAGUCUACAUUUCUUCCUUGAAACAGUGCCACCAUGGGCUACAAGCUACAUCUGCCUUUACUUUUCUCACCCCCUCCUCUUUCUGGCAUUGCUUGAUUGACGCCCUCCUUCCCUGCAAAAUGAAUGGCUCUCUGUCGAUGAAAAUCAUGGCCGGGACGUGUGACUUCUCUGCAUGGCCUCCCCGUGGAGCCGUAGCAGGGGCCAGAGGAGAGAAGAACGAUGUCGUGCUCGUGGCAAAGGUCGGACUUUGCUCUUGGAGGUGCAGGGGCAACGCAUCGAGGCCCCCUCAGAAACUGUUGGUGACCGCCGGUAUGGACAGAGAUCAGCUGGUUGGGAUGAUCAAUGGGAAAAAAAUCAACGGGGUUUAUAUAAAUGAAGCUCCGUUGUACACCACCGCCACGAGCAAUCCGGACAACCUGGUGAAAGAAUGUGGGGCUGAUUCGCUGCCCCAUGCUUGCCUGGUUGGCAGGUUCGUCGAUGACCGGUUUGUGUACAGGCAAACCUUCAUUAUCCGGUCAUAUGAAAUCGGACCUGACAAAACUGCCACCAUGGAGACCCUUAUGAAUCUCCUUCAGGAGACAGCCCUUAACCAUGUAACCAGCUCCGGCCUCGCUGGCAAUGGAUUUGCCACUCGGGAGAUGAGUCUCCGGAAACUGAUUUGGGUGGUCACCCGCAUCCAUGUGCAAGUGCAGAGAUACAGUUCUUGGGGGGAUGUUGUCGAGAUCGACACCUGGGUCGAUGCAGCGGGAAAGAAUGGAAUGCGUAGAGACUGGAUUAUCCGUGAUUACAACACUCAGGAAAUCAUAACGAGAGCGACCAGCACGUGGGUGAUAAUGAACAGAGAGACCAGAAGAUUAUCCAAGAUCCCUGAUCAAGUUAGACAAGAAGUCGUACCCUUCUACCUAAACAAAUUGGCAAUUCCUAUAGAAGAAAAUGAUACUGAUAAAAUAGACAAGCUAACCGAUGCAACAGCAGGGAGAAUUUGCUCGGGCUUAGCCCCAAGAUGGAAUGACAUGGAUGCCAACCAGCAUGUAAAUAAUGUAAAAUACAUUGGGUGGAUUUUAGAGAGCGUGCCAAUUAACGUACUGGGGGCUUACAGUCUGACAAGCAUGACACUGGAAUAUCGACGUGAAUGCCGACAAUCAAAUCUACUGGAGUCAUUAACCAGCACAACUGCAAGCAUUGGAGACUAUGAUACUGACCCUCCUCAUAAAACCGGCCGCUGUCCAGACCUAGAAUACACUCAUCUUCUCCGGAUGCAAGCAGACAAGGCGGAGAUCGUUCGUGCGAGAACAGAAUGGCAUUCCAAGACUAAGUGAUAACAGCUUGUAGUGUUCCUUUGAUUGUUUUCCUGAGGGAACUUCUUAUUCGAUGUUUUCUGUAUUUAUUGUGCGUUUAGUUGUUGGGAGUUUGAUUUUUGUAUGAAAUAUUCAUUGGCCCAA